AUGGGUGGCGUUAGACGGUGUUUAGAAUCAUUGCCAAUCUUGAAUCGAGCGGUUAGUGCAAUUUAUGCCGUACCUUUGCAAGUCUCAAAAAGAGGUUGGCUGGUUAGUGCUGGGUGUUUGGUGGCUGGGACGGCUUUAAUGACUAGUUCUGGACGAAGAAUGGUGAUUAGUUUGGGAAAGAUAGGAUUAGGUAUACCGGAUGAAAGGUUGCCAGAACAGUCGGUUGCUAAACCGACUUUAUUCAUUGAUAUUGAGGAUGUCUUGCUGCUUAAAACUUGGAAUUGGCGUGAGUUGGCUUAUGAUUAUCAGAUAAGAGAGUAUGCGGAAGAGUUCUUGUUUCAUUUAUCGGGUCAUUAUGAAGUAGUUGGAGUUUCAUCUUUAGCACCUGAACUGGCGGUGAAUUUAUUAGCACGAGUAGAUCCGUAUGGAGUGAUUGGGUAUCGGAUGUUUGUGCCAAAUAAAGAUAAGCUGGUCCUAGCGAAUACUAAUCGGGACUUAAACCGGACAAUUAGAAUUAGAGGACAGGGCGGUUGGAGUGAUAAUGAUUUGGUGCUAGGUACUUGGAGGGGUGAGAAGGAUAGGUCGUUGUUGGUUCUGACUGACUUCUUGGUUAAUUUGGCCGAAUUAGAGACGGAAGACUUUCGUAAGGUAAUUAAGACGUAUAAAGACAGAGCGUUUGUGCGGGCGUAUGGAGAGGUGCAGAAAGAUCUCUAUCCAACAGCUCGUAAGUACUUAUUCUUCCCUGGGGAUAGGCUAGGUAGUGCUGAAAUAGACCGAAGAAGAGUGGAGGAGUACGGAGUGGCCAAAGAGUACAUAGAUAACCAGCUAAAACUCGAGAAAUUAGCCAAAAAGUAG